AUUCACACUAUUUCGACAGAAAAUAAAAGACAAGUAUGGCUGUUAUAGUUGAUCCCGCAGAGGCUGAAAAUGUUGAAGAAGAUAAUCUGAUAACUGAAAAUGGAAACCGCGUGGAUGUCAGAAGAGUUGAAUUCAACCACAACCCAGAAGUGAGAUAUUUCUACGACAAUGAACCAACAGUGGAAAUAAAUACUAUACCACCAUUGCCAGCACGCAUUGCCGUUUAUAGAAGAAUUCGACGGAUUUUUAGAAGAAAACAUCAUGGCAAGACCAUCCCACAAUGGACGAAACAGAUUUUGUUAUACAUCUUUUUUUUCACUUGCAUACUUGCUCUAAAGUAUGCACUAUACAUUGCUGUUUAUCAUGCUGUUAUUGGAAAUCAGAAAUUACCCGAAAAUGCUACUGAAUCAAACAUACAUACCAAUAACGAAUCAAAUAUCAAACUAAAAGCCAUACAGUAAAAACAAUAAUAACACAUACAAUAUAAACUAAAUAUGAUGAGAAUUUUGAUACAAAUAUUACAGUCUGUCCAUCGAGAGACUGUCCAACAGUGAUAGUUGUGUCUGUCAUUUUAAUUCACAGAUAAAUUAUAUUUUCUGUUAAUUUGUGAACAUUUUCAAUUUUCCCUGGCUCGUUGUUUAAAACUUAUUACUUACCAUUUUUUUAGUCUUGUAAAAGGUUGCUUCUUUUCUUCAAUGGCUCUGUGUCUAAAUUAUGUCUCAGGAAUUAGUGUA